UGGGGACGCGUCCCGGGAGAGUCUCGCUUCCUCGGGGUUUGUGCUGCGGCUGGAUUCACAUGCUGGAACACACUUUUUAUUUUUUUAUUCUUUUUUUUGUUUGUUUCUUUUCCUGCAAAUCCCAAAUAUUUUCUACCGAAACACUGAGUUUUGCACGAAGGUGUGGAGGAGUGUACCAUGUUGGAGAGACAGCGGGGUGUGAGUGAGUGAUGGGCUGCGCUUCGGCCAAGCAGUUAUCAUCCGUUCCCGGAGACGAGGAGGAUCGGGACAAAGCCCACAGCAAUGGAGACGCCUUCUCAUCAGACGAGUACAAAAUGAAAGGAGUGGAGAAGGUGAAGUACGCGCAGGGAGAGGAGGAGCGGAUGAACACGCGCAACCAGGAGCACCUGGAGAAGAGCACACUUUUGCCCAAAGGCAAACACAAAGAGGCCAGCGGCAACACUAAUAAAAUAAGCAUCCACUCGUCUGAGAGCCAGCAGGAGUUCUUCAGGAUGCUGGACGAGAAGAUCGAAAAGGGCCGUGACUACUGCUCGGAGGAAGAGGACGUGACAUAACCUGAGCGCAGCUUUACCUCUACUCCUCCUCGAGAUGAUCACUCCAUCCCGCGUCUUCUUUUCCUCCUCCUCUGAGCGCUGAGCAAGCUUUCCCCUUUCUUUACACACACACACACACACACCAAGACCAUCGAGCCGCCCUGUUUACAUUCAGCCAGCGCUCUGACCACACACACCCAGACGUCUGGAGAGGAGGAGGAAAGAGACCGUUACAGUUACAGCGCCCUUGCCUUACACUAAGCCUUUCUCUUGUGUUUCUCAACGACU